ACGCUGACACGCCCCCUUGUUUCCGUGGAGGACUACGCAGUUUCACUUUCACUUUCACUUAAAAACGAAGGGCUGUCGUGUUUGUUUGCUGCAGUAUCUCACCCUGGCGAACGCAUUUAUAUAAUCCUCAACAGUGUUAAGAUGGACACGAAGGAAAUGGUUAUUGAAGUGAAUGGACUUCCAGACAACUACUCCAAUAAUGAAAUGAUUGACAAAUUAACCAUGCACUUUUUGAGGCCCAGUAACAAAGGUGGAGAGGUUUUAAUAGUGAUUUAUCCCACCUCCAACAAAGGCCAGGCUUAUGUUGUUUUUGAAAAAGAAGAAGUACCAGGGGUCUUGGAACAUAAUCAUGUUUUGGAACUGGAUAGUCAGUUUUACCCACUGGAUGUUAAAAAGAUGCAUCAGCCUAAAUUGGACAUGCCAGCUGAAGCAUUCCUCAAUGUGAAGAUGUUCUCCAGUCAGAGAGAGAUCCGAAACAUUCUUCAUGGCCAUGGCUUCCAGGUGUCAGAGACCAGCCUGGGACAGCUGCAUUUGCAGGGAACCUUUCUUAACUUAAAACGCAUCCACCCCAAACUCAUGCAUCUUCUGGCUCAAGAAAUUCACCCUCAAAGAAGAACACAUUCGCUAUACUCUAAUGGCUACUCAUCUGAGUCUGUCAUGAGAGCUGGCUCCAGUGACUAUGAAUCUAGAUCUCAUUCCACAUCGAGGCACAGUCACACCAAUGGCCACUCAAUGUAUGCUGCGGGCAGAAACCCAUCUUCUGGAAUAAACUCAAGAUCCCCAGACAAGCAGGCACUCAUGCAGGCUGCCUCUCCACUGGAUGUGAGUUCAAACACAGAAAGUUCCUUCAGCAGUCCCACCAGGAGCUAUGAGAAUUCCAGCACAAGCAUUCAGAAGCGGAAUCUCUCAUCUCCCAAACGGAAAACUGAGGAUUCCUUUCAUGUGGAUCCAGAUGUGUUUAAAUACGUAAUGUACUUUAAGGAAUCGUUUAUUGAAAAAAUAGAAUCAGAUUACCACACUAAGAUUAAUCAUGAAGAUGAUUCAGGGUUUGUUAAGGUUAAAGUCUUGGGAGGAGCCUGUGAGGAAGCAGCUAAAAAAAUGUCUAAAUUCAUGCAAGAGAUAAGCUCAUCUCUACGUACGCAUGAAAUAGACCUGAAAAAGCUUGACUCCAGUCAGCAGAGACACAUUUUCCAGAACGCUUACUCAUUCCAAAAGAUCUACAGUGUUUUAAUUAGGCAGGAAAGUGACAUUUUUAAAGUGGUGGGGUCCUCUAAAGACAGUUAUGAAGCGAAGGAAAAGCUUCUUGGACGGGAGGUUGAAAAUGCUCCGCCAGGACACUUUCCAAAGAACAUUCUGCGACGCAGCAGGUCUUUGCCAAGAUCAAAAACAAGGGCCAGAGAGGAGAACAUAGACUUAGGACAAAGUCCUGAUGCUGUGGACACUACUCCUGUUAGUAGCUCCUCUGCCUCACAUUCCCGAAAGGACUCUCAGUUGCAGCAAGAAGUACAACAGGAAAGAGGUCGCAAGCCGACUAAAUCCUCUACACCACGUGGCAGGGCACACAGCGCCUCUCGGUUACAACACAAAGAUCAAAGCAGAGUAAACCAAGAAGCAUCAAGUUCUGAUCAGCAGUAUUUGACACCAUCUAAUGAAGUUCAGACAUCUAAACAAAAACUCCCUAAAAUAAGAUCUCCUCUUUUUUCUGGUUCUGUUGAUAAAUUCAUUAAAAAUACAUUAAAGCCACGCUUUAAGAAAUGACUAAAUCCAGUACAUCAAUACUCUGUCUUAUGGCACGGACUGAUCACAUCAAGUUAUCAUCCACUGUAAAACACAGAACUUAAAUAAAAUUGGUCAGACACCUUGUGAUUACCUCUGCUUUAAGAAAGGGACAGGACACUAUGCUGACAAUGCUAUUUGCCUAAACUGGGAAGUCCAAUUCUGCUCCUAAAGGGCAAACUUUAUACAGAGUAUAGGUUCAACCAGUGAGUCUGAACACCUUGAAUAGCUGGUUCAGGUGUUUAAUUAGGGUUGGAGGUUUGGACACCCCUGGCCUAAACACAUCUAUUUCAUUUGUACUCACUCUUGAACACUUUGCAACAAUCACUGUGAAUGCUUUGUAAUUUUUGUCUCAUAUGACAAAGAAAAUCAGUAUAUCCAAAUAACUUAUUUUAGCUGUUGUUCACCUGUCUGAUAUAUUUUUCAGUAUUUGCACUUCAGUCGAUGUUCAGUCUUUUCCUGCAUUGCUGAUUUGUCAAGACUCUCGUUCAUUACCAUGGAGACUUGAUGAGGAAGUGUCUUUUUCUGCAUUCUACAGGAAGUGAGGCAGGUCCUGUGGUUGAUUUAGGGGCUGAGCACCUCUCUGUUAGAAAAAAUGAAACGAACCCAGGCUUUUGUGUUAAAAAUGACAGAAUGUGAGAAAUACACUAAUGUGCAGAGUGCUUUUGUUUUUCCUGUAGAUUUAUGAAACGCUGUUUUUGAUUUAACAUUGAAUUAAUUUGAGUAUUUCUAUCAGAUACAGAUUUCUGUCAUACUAAAAUUUCUCUAAUUUUUUUUUUUAUUUAGCUGUGGUUUGCUAUUUAAGAAUUUCCACAGUGGUCAUUAUGAUUCAUUGGUUGUGCUAACAUUUUUUUUUUUUUUUUUAAGCUAUCAGAACGAUUCUUUUUUGGGAUGUGAAUUAUUUUUAGGUAUUACUGUAAUGUGGACAAGUAGUAAUUGUAAUCAAAUGGCAUUGAAUGUUAAUCUGUAUUCAGUUAUCUGUGAAGUUUGUAUUAGUUGUACAUUAGUUAUAAAAUUACAGUGACUACUGACUCAUAUCAGCUCAUUCUCCAAUUUCCCAUGUUCUUCAAAAUAUUGUAAUACCACAAACAUUCUCUACAAGGAACUGAAUAAGGUGUUAGUCAUUACCUAAAACAUUCUUUCUUUUUAUUGUCAAUACCUGUUUAACGUGUAAAAGUGGAAUAGUCUUGAAUCAGCAGACAUAAUGACAUAACCUUAUGGCUUUAGAGCAGUAAAUGAAGUUGAAAUGAAGAGAAUUUGUAGUUUUACAUGUAUUUAAUAGCAUGCAAUUUGCAAUACUGUGAUUGACCAGAAACAACAUGUUCAGUUGGACUGUUCCAUAGUAUUUAACUGAUAGUAUCUUUGCUGACUGGUAUCACAAUUGUUCCGGCACCCCUUUUAUUUCUCCAUAAAUGGCAUGCUGUGCGGCU